UGCUACAAUACAGGUUGCUGCGGGUCGGAAUGGUUAUUUCUGGUGGAUACUUCAGGCUCGACGUUAAUACGGUAACGAUACGGUCUGUUGUACGGCGACGCCACAGGCUGUUGCUGUUCAAGUUGGUAAUUCUCAGCCUCGGUAUUGGAACGGUGACGCCACAGGCUUCUGCAGUUCAAGUUGGUAAUUUCAGCCUCGGCAUUGGUUUCGAGAAACCGUCGACCAUCCAGCAGAGGGGCAUCGUUCCGUUCUGCAAAGGACUGGAUGUCAUUCAGCAGGCGCAGUCAGGUACGGGAAAGACGGCGACCUUCUGCUCUGGAGUCUUGCAGCAGCUGGACUACGAGGCCUUGGCAUGCCAAGCUCUCGUCCUUGCCCCUACCCGAGAAUUGGCUCAGCAGAUCGAGAAGGUCAUGAGGGCUCUUGGAGACUACCUCCAAGUGAAGGUGCACGCCUGUGUCGGAGGUACAAGUGUGAGGGAGGACCAGAGGAUCCUGCAGAGUGGAGUACAUGUUGUCGUUGGAACGCCAGGACGUGUCUACGAUAUGCUUCGCCGAGGAGCGCUGAAGCCGGACUACAUCAAGAUCUUCGUUCUCGACGAGGCCGAUGAAAUGCUCUCCCGAGGAUUUAAGGACCAGAUUUACGACAUCUUCCAGCUUCUGCCGGGCAAGCUCCAAGUCGGUUUGUUCUCGGCUACCAUGCCUCCUGAUGCUCUGGAGAUCACGAGGAAGUUCAUGAGCAAGCCCGUGAGGAUUCUGGUGAAGAGAGACGAGCUGACCCUCGAGGGUAUUAAGCAGUUUUACGUGAAUGUGGACAAGGAAGACUGGAAGCUGGACACUCUCUGCGAUCUGUACGAGACGCUGGCCAUCACGCAGAGCGUCAUCUUCAUCAACACGAGAAGGAAGGUCGACUGGUUGACGGACAAGAUGCGCACUCGCGACUUCACGGUCUCUGCUACCCACGGAGAUAUGGAUCAGAAYACUCGUGACGUCAUCAUGAGGGAAUUCAGAUCCGGUUCCUCUCGUGUGUUGAUUACCACCGACCUCUUGGCUCGUGGYAUUGACGUGCAGCAAGUGUCCCUCGUCAUUAACUAUGACCUGCCYACGCAACCGGAGAACUACUUGCAUCGUAUCGGUAGGAGCGGGCGAUUUGGAAGAAAGGGAGUUGCCAUCAACUUCGUCACCCAGGACGACACCCGCCUGUUGCAGGAUAUCCAGAAGUUCUACAACACGCAGAUUGAUGAGCUGCCGAGCAACGUCGCGGAUUUGCUGUAGAUAAAUUCAACAGGAGUGGCAAUGGUAUGGUUGAUCUUGUGUGGUGUUUGUAUUGCCUGCCAGUGAGCGGACUAGAGAGAGAGAGAGAGAGAUAGCAGCAGUAGUGAAGGCACCGCUUCCGGUUCUGGUGGAAAGUGAUGGAUGUGUCCUGUUCGAAGUCUGCAAUAGUAAGUGUGCUCAUAUGGGUUGUUAUCUGUGGCAUGUUAAAUCGAUCAGGGAUUGAAUUGGAGGAUUGAAUGUAUUUGAAAAAGGGUGAUGCCUCAGAAUGACAGGUAGGAGAAAGAGGGAGGAGCAGGCAUUACUCUGGCUGUUUGGAUCUGCUGCGGGUUGCUGUUCGAUCUCUCUGAGGGGUUUUCGUUUUGUGAGAAAACUCCAGGAGUGUGUUCAUUUGAGGAGGCAGUUCGGCGGUGGAUCAACAGUGCUGUUGUUCUUGCUGCAACUGCGUGAUGGUGAAUAGAGUGGUGCUUCUGCUGUCUGCCAGAGAGUGGACUAGAGAGAUAGAGAGAGUAACAGUGGGUGAAUGCACUGCUUCUGGUCCUGGUGGGAAGUGAUGGAUGAGUCAUCUUCGUAGUCUAUAAUGGUGUGCUGGAUGCGGGUUGUGAUGUCUGGCGUGUUAAAUUGAUGAGACUGAAUUGGAGGAUUUGUAUUGGAAAAGCGGUGAUGCUUCAGAGUGACAGGUAGGAGAAAGAGGGAGGAGCAGGCGUUGCUCUACCUGUUCGGACCAGCUUGUGGUCACUGUUCAAUUCCUCCGUGAGGUUUUCCUUUUGUGAGGAAGGGUGUCCAUUCUUUUCUGCGGUGUCCGAGAAGGCGGUUUGGUGGUAGUUCAACAGCGCUGUUGUUCUCACUGCAUCUGCGUGCUAGUGGAGUUUUGUCCGUGUUCUUGAGCUUCUUUGGUAUAUAACGACUCUUUUCAACUUCUCUUUAGUCGCUUGUUUUUUUCCCGUAACGACUCUUAAUAUCUAUUGAGAGACUUUUAUUCCCUUCCUCGUUUGUCGUUUGUUGUUUUCACGUUACGACUCUUAACAUCUGGAAGCGUUUCGGACACUUUCCGGAUGUCACAUGUUUCCUCUUCUCUGUCCUUGUGGAUGCUGCCGAACAUGUUAUGGAAAGUGGUCUGGCAUCUCAAGUGAUAUUUUUAGGAACUGAUGAUGUGAUGAUUUUGGCAUGUUGUUUUUGCAGGCUUCUCAGCGUGGAAGAGAUGUUGGUGUUAAAAGGAGGGAUUGGUGUUAAUGAAGUGUGCACUACUGU